UGGGCACUGACUGGCGGCACUGACUGGUACAACAGCUGGGCACUGACUGGCGGCACUGGUGGCGGGCACUGGUGGGCGGGCACUGGUGGGCACAGGUGGGCGGAGCUAGUGGGCGCACUGCUGGGCACAGGUGGGCGGAACUUGUGGGCGGCACUGCUGGGCACCGAUCAUCAGGGCACUGAUCAUCAGUGCCCUGAUGAUCGGUGCCGAUCCUCGCUCUGACAACUGCCGGUUCUCGGCAGUACUUUCCUCACGAUCUGACAGCGUGAGGAAAGUGCAGCCGAGAACCGGCACUUGCAU